AUGGACCUGCUCCGUCGCUACUUCCUCCCUGCGGAUGUCGACGUCAUCACCAGUAUCCGUACGUCGACCCGCGUCACCGAGGAUAUUAUUGCAUGGGCACCGGAGAGGAACGGUAUCUUCACCGUUCGGUCCGCCUACCGCCUGGCCAUGGACGAGCGCGAGCGUCCUUCGGCUUCCGCCACGAGCAGGGCACCGGAGAUGGUCGUCGCGCCAUCUGGAAGAUCAUAUGGGGGUGCCCUGCUCCCCCUAAGGUGUCCCCUGGCAAGAGAGCUCUGGCGAGUUAUGGCCUUGGACUGGAACAUCCCCAAGGUGGAGGCCAUCGUCAACACUGGCCCAGAGUUGAUCUUUUCACUGCUGGACCCCUUGGAUGAGACGGCGAGACUGGUGGUGCUCAUGACCAUGUGGAGAGUAUGGCAUGUCCGGAAUGAGAUCACACACGACAAGGCGCCGCCCACUGCCGAAGCCUCUCGACGCUUUUUGCACGGAUACAUCAACUCACUCAUGUGCAUAAAGCAACAUCCUGAUGGUAACCUAGAGAAAGGGAAGAUGGUGGUCCUGCCUUCACCACCACGCGCUCCAGAAAGUACGGCGCCCAAGGUGCGCGCACACUGGGUACCGCCCCAGCCGGGCUGGGUUAAGUUGAACACGGAUGGGAGCUACAUAGCGGCCACAGGUGCGGCGGGAGGAGGUAUGAUCCUGCGUGAUGACAGAGGCGAGAUCAUCUACAGCGCAUGUAGGGAGCUACGUACAUGUGACAACGCUUUAGAGGCGGAGUUAGAAGCGUGCAGAGAAGGCUUGGAGCUGGCCUUGCACCGAUCUAACCUACCUAUUCUGGUUGAGUUGGAUAGCGCGGAGGCGGUGUCGAUGAUUACAGCACGCGAGAUGGAUAGAUCGUCACAUCGUGCACUUAUAAAGGAGAUUCGUAGGUUGGCUGAAAGCGAUGCUAGGGAGAUCUCUUUUACUCUUUGUAGCCGUCUGCAGAACAUGAUUAGUCAUGAGCUGGCCGCCUAUGGCCGUAGCACUCCGCGCACAGCAGUCUGGCUUACUGCCGGGAUGGACUUUGUUAUAAACCUGGCUCUCGCUGAGAAGCCUCCUUGAGUAAUGAGAAUUCUUUUUUUCCGCAAAAAAAAAAA